UAUCGCUUCGGUCGGAACGGUUCAGUUUCGGUUGGUUUGAGAAUUUGGCCAAAAUCGAAUCGAAGGGAGACAAUUAGACAAAGCUCCUGAUCUCUGAUAGGUUUUUUCUCGGGCUAGAUUAUCUCUCCGGCAAAGAUGCUUCGUCGCCAGAUUCUCCGGCAAGCUUCCGCCGCCGCUGCGGAAUCGAAGCUCACUCGUCAUCUUCACGGAUUCGAUCAGCGGAGAGGAUUACACAGCAGGAACAAGAAAGCAAUGGAGUAUGUAGCCAAAGGAUGGAGUGCGAUUAAGGAAGUGGACAGAGUCAUCGAUUACUGUGAACUCAAUGAUCGACGCCUUAUUCCUCUCCUCAGGGGAGCUAAAGAGAACUUUGAGCUUGCUCUUGAGGCUGAUAAUUUGAACACUCAUGCUAGAUACUGGCUUUCAAAGUUGCACUUGAAGUACCAUGUCCCAGGAGCGUGUAAAGCUAUUGGAGCUGCUUUGCUUGUUGAAGCUGCAGACAUGGGUAAUGCAGAUGCUCAAUAUGAACUAGGGUGUCGUUUAAGAGUCGAGAAUGAUCAUGUCCAGUCCGAUCAACAAGCGUUUCACUAUAUAGAGAAUGCUGUCGAUCAGCUGCAUCCAGGUGCUCUCUACCUUUUAGGAAUAGUGUAUAUGACAGGAGACUGUGUGAAGCAAGAUAUAGAUUCAGCUAUAUGGUGUUUCCACAGGGCUUCGGAGAAGGGACAUGCUGGUGCUGCUAUAGCGUAUGGAUCUCUUCUACUUAGAGGUGUGCAAGUCCCGGAGUCUCUAACAAAAUUGAAUACCGUGGGAGUUUCGCCGCCCAAGAGAAUAAGAAAGAACGAUCCGGAAAACCAAGAGACGAAUACAUUAGAGAUGGCGAAAGAGCAGUUCCAAAUCGCUGCAAGAGCAGGAUGCGAUCUUGGGCUCAAAUGGCUGCAAAGGUUAGAGCAAGAAGAGAAACUUCUUAUGACCGAAGAAAAUAACGAAUGUGCCUACGUAUAAAUGCAAUAUGUCUCUUGUGGAGCGAAUCAUCAAGCAAGCUUAUGGUGCUAGAAUGUUAUAUCUGUCUGUUUAUACAAAAUGUGAGAAUUGAGAUUUUACGUUUAGAGUAUGCGUAGAAAGCCGGAAAAAACUGCCAGUACAAUCAAAGAUAUUGAUACUUUGGAAAGCUUACAACAGGCAAUGUCAUCAACUUUACAUGAACCAUUCACUCAA